UUUUGAAGUCUGGUUGUUUUUUGGACUUGGUUGUACGAGCAAAUAUCGACUGAGAGACGUCCUUCGUUGGUUGGUGGAGUACGUCUUUUAUUUAAAAAAUAUUAUCGACCAUGGCCCACAUUUUGUGUUUUAAAAAAUAAUCCCAAGUAAAUUUCUUCAGAUAACCAAGGGAGAGUCGUCGACAUUGAAGUUGUAUAGAGCAUAUGAUUAAACUGCUUGAGCAUGGACGCGAAUGUAGACCAGGAUGUGUUAUUGUGUAGUCUUUGUGACACUCAUGACCCUCCUAUGUACUGUGACAUUUGUCACACACAUCUGUGUAAGGCCUGUGUGGGGGAACAUCUCUCUGACGAAUCUAAAGAACACAAAGUUGUGUCCUUUAAGAAAAGAGGAUCUACUACAAGAUGUCCAAAACAUUCCUCAAAACAAUGCGAACUUUACUGUCAAAAUUGUGACAUUCCUAUUUGUGCAGUGUGUGCUUCCUCUAAAGAACACCAAGGUCACAAAUUUAUUGAAAUAUUGAAAAGCAUUGCCUACAAAAAAGAAGGAAUUAAAAAAGAUUUACAAGAACUAGAAAAAUUCAUUUUUCCAAAGUAUCAAGAAAUUGCAUCAAACAUCUCUGCUCAAAAAGCCGAUCUAAAUGAAAACUCUCAAGAAUUGACAACAACUAUCGAUGAACAUGGAGAAGACUUGCACAGAGAAAUAGACACCAUUAUUCAGAAACUGAAACUAGAUCUAAAAGAAAUGGACUCCAAAAGCCUGACUGUCCUAAAUAAAAGGGAAGAUGAAAUCACUCACACUGUUUCUGAAAUCAUCCAUUGUAUUUUAGAAUUGAAGAAAUUAAUGAACUCCAAUGACGUCAGUCAACUCUCUGCCUACAAGUCCAGGAAUACUGGAUUUAGAAGAUUGCCUCCUAAACUCACAGUUUCCUUACCAAGUUUUACUCCUUCUGAGAUAAACAAAGAACAACUUAUUCAACAGUUUGGUUCUCUCUCAGCUUCAUCUGUCAAAACGGACGAACAUGGCUAUACAUUGGAUUUUCCAGGUGAUGAAUCUACUUCCGUUGACAAAACACUUAUUGAUGCACCAAAGGUCAUCGCAGAUAUAAACACCGAAUAUAGCGACCGUACUCUGCGCAGUGUGUCUUGUAGGAGUGAUGAAGAAAUAUGGACAUGUGGUGAGGACAAAAUCAUGAGACUGUAUAGCCUCAAAGGGGACCUAUUAAAGUCAGUCAAAACCAGAUCCGGGGACAAUCCAUACGACAUAGCGGUGAAUAGGAAUGGGGAUCUAGUUUAUACAGAUUACAAGGAUAGCACUGUGAACAUAAUGAAGAAUAAACAAAUAGAGACAGUGAUCAGACUGAAAGGGUGGAGUCCUUGUAAUAUCUGUAUUACCUCCUCGGGCAACCUCCUGAUUGUCUUGAUCAGUGACGAUGUAAAACAAACAAAAGUCGUGCGUUACUCUGGCUCAGUUAGAAAGCAAAUCAUUCAAUAUAACAGCAAAGGCAAACCGCUCUAUUCAUCUGAUCUGUACACAAAAUACAUCGCCGAGAACGGGAACCUAGAUAUCUGCGUGUCCGACCAUGGAGCUCAGGCCGUAGUGGUGGUCAAUCAAGACGGUAACUUCAGGUUUACCUACACUGGUCCUCCCUCCACUACCGAUGAACCAUUUAAUCCAGUUGGCAUCGCCACCGACAGACAGAGUCGGAUCCUGACAGCAGACCCUAACAACAAUCGUAUUCACAUUCUAGAUCAAGACGGAAAGCUCCUCCGCUACAUUGACAGCUGCCAUUUACGAGGUCCAUGGGGAUUAUGCGUUGAUAGCCAAGACGAUGUCAUCGUGGCUGAAUUACCGACAAGUCAAGUUAAGAAAAUCCUGUAUAUAGAGAACCAACUGUGCUUAUCAGACAUUAUUUAUGCCCGUCAAUAAACACAUACUUGUAUAUCUAUUACAUGUUGACGUAUUGGAUACGCAUAAAAUACAUGUGUGUGCAGACAA